CCAAGUGGAAGCUUACAUACGCUUAAACGAGACAAAAAGGGGACAUUUCACUAGCUAGCUAUCCAGCACAAUACGACAAAUAUGUCUUCGAGGACGCUACCCCUGCUUUUUAUUAAUCUCGGUGGAGAAAUGCUCUACAUCUUGGAUCAACGCCUAAGAGCUCAGAAUAUUCCAGCUGACAAAGCCAAGAAAGUUAUGAAUGACAUCAUCACCACCAUGUUCAAUAAAAAGUUUUUGGAGGAGCUGUUCAAGCCACAGGAGCUGUACUCCAAGAAGGCCCUCAGGACCGUGUUUGACCGACUGGCCCACGCCUCCAUCAUGAGACUCAACCAGGCCAGCAUGGACAAGCUGUAUGACUUGAUGACCAUGGCCUUCAAGUACCAGGUGCUCCUCUGCCCGCGGCCCAAAGAUAUCCUCCUUGUGUCCUUCAACCAUAUGGAUGCCAUCAAGGAUUUUGUGAAGGACACCCCAAGCAUUCUCAGCCAGGUUGAUGAGACAUACAGACAGCUCAUAGAGAUGUACACACCCUUGUCUAGUGGUGAAUUUCAGCUAAUCCGGCAAACACUCCUCAUCUUCUUUCAAGACAUGCACAUAAGGGUGUCCAUCUUCCUCAAAGACAAAGUGCAGAAUUCCAACGGGCGUUUUGUCCUCCCGAUCUCAGGUCCUGUGCCCAACGGAACACAUAUCCCAGGACUUAUCAGAAUGUUCUGCUGCAAUGGCGAAGAGGUGAAGAGACUGCAGUUCCGUAACAGUGGGAACUACACCAGCGCUCUCCGCGAGGGUUCUUUUGAGAUGUUUGGAGAGAGGGUCAUCAAGCUGGGCACUAACAUGUACAGUGUGAGCCGUCCGGUAGAAACACACAUGUCAGGGACGUCCAAAAACUCUGCACAGCAAAAGUCGGUCAACACCGCUCCAAACCCCCUGGCCAAAGAGGAGCUGAACAUGUUGGCCAGGUUAAUGGGGGGUCUGGAAGUCCAGAAACCAGGAAAUGCAGACAGUGGCUUCCGAGUCAACCUCUUUGCCACAGAUGAGGAAGAAGAGGAGGCCUUGAUAUCGAGACCAGACGAGUUUUCAUAUGACGUCAUAAAAAUCCAAGCGACUAUGAAUAAGCAAGCCAAUGCGGAGCUGGCCAAGAUCAUGGGGGACUUCACGGAGGAGGCUGGCGAGCCGUGCCCAUCGAGUGCCAGCAGUAAAGGGGAUGACCUUCUGGCCAUGAUGGACGGGCUGUGACAGUGUUACCAUGGUGACCAGAAUCCGAGGGCGGGGCUCAAAGCUGAGUUGGUUAGGAACGGUGUGUUCUACUGUAGGACAGUGUCUUGUCUGCUCUGCUGUGCUGUGCCGUCUUUCUCACUCAGCAAAUAUGGCAACUGUCUAACAAACGCACACACAACACAAACCUCAUCUUCGUGUGUCUGUAGAGCUUUUCGAUGCUGAUGUGACCUGAGCAGGUCAAUUAAUUUGUUCAGCAAGGACCAACUGUAAACUGUCUGCAAGACUGUGCAUUUUGCAAAAGAGAGUGGGGGAACUUUGUAAGCAGUUUAUUAGGUACACCCAUCUAGUACCGGGUCGGACCCCCCUGUAGCCAUGAAGGGAUGCACCUGUUCAGCAACAAUGUUCAGAUACGCUGUGUCUUUCAAACGUUGAUCAACUGGUAUCAAGUGACCUAACGUGUGCCAGGAAAACAUUCCCCACACCAUUACAACACCGCCACCACCCUGUGCUGUUGACACCAGGCAGGAUGGGGCCAUGGACCGGGAUUCGUCGGACCAGGCGACGUUGUUCCACUCCUCAAAUGUCCAGUGUUGGUGAUCGCAUGCCCACUGGAGCCGCUUCUUCUUGUUUUUAGCUUAUAGGAGUGGAACCCGGUG